UUUGCGUUGAUAGUAACUUGGAAUAACUUCUUUCAUGUAUGAAGCUCUCUUUCAUAAUUUUUUAAAAUAAAUAACAGUGCGUGAGGAAUUCUCACGAAUUCAGUCAAAUAUGAAUGCAGUGGCAGGAUUAUUUUUGAUCGCUUUUGCAACAGUAACUGCCAGAGAUUUACCUAGCAACUUCAAAACUUGUCAAAGAUCUGAUCCGCAAUUCAAUGAAUGUUUGUCACGAGCUGUAGCUGAUGCGGUGGCUAAAUUAGGACAAGGUUCGAGAACUUUCAGAAUAUUGCCACUGGAACCUCUGAAAGUUAACAGCAUAUCCAUUGGCAGCACUGAAGGAUCAGUAUCUCUUAAGCAAGAAUAUCAGAAUGUGGAACUUCAUGGACUAACUAGGGGUCUGGAACCACGGAAACUUACAACUGAUUGGGAUAGGAAUAUAUUUGUCUAUGAUUCUUACCAUCCAAAAAUUGAUUUCGUCGGAAAUUACAAAAUCGAUGGAAAGGUCUUAUUAUUGCCUAUCAGAGGCAAUGGACAUUCUAAUAUUACUAUGCUUCAUCUCAAGACAAGAAGUACAAUGUAUUUUGAAAAGUACGAAAAGGAUGGUGAGGCUUAUAUGAAAAUAAAACAGUUCAAUGUUAAAUUCAGUCCUGAGAAAGUUCUUCUUCGCUUUGAUAAUCUCUUCGACGGCGAUCCAGUUUUGGCUAAACCAAUGGAAAAUUUCAUAAGUGAAAAUUCGGAUUUGCUGUUUAAGGAGCUUCAGCUACCAUAUGAGAAAAGCUUUGGUUUAGUUUUUGCGCAAAUUGGAAAUGAAUUAUUCAAUCGAGUACCAGUUAACAAAAUAUUUCCCGAAUAAAUUAAAAAUUAUGGCAAUUAAUCAGUAUGCAGUGUGAAUCCUUAGGCUAAUAUUAUUUAUAAAAAAACACAUAUGUGAUGAAAAAGUAAUAAAAACAACCAGAUAUGAGAUU